CCCCCACCCCCUCCCCCAACUUUUCCAAACGGCAUUGCCCGAGGGCAGCCAUGUUAUGUUUUCCCCCUCCGCCAUGAAAGCACAUUGCCAGUGCGUGUUUAACCCCUUGGAUGUAGCUUCCCGUUCAGUACACCAUCGUGUUUAUCGCUUAGAUGUAUCUUUCGUUGUGAUUGUUUUUUUCCCUCCCUUUUUCUUUAUUUUUCCUUCCUUCAGCCAUCCGCUUAGCCUAUCAAUCUCGAAAUGCGUAAAGUCAAUCCAAGUGACACGUACUGCGCCACUCAUUCGUGGUCUUCCCGCUAGAGGGAGCCAGCGUGCAACCUUUUUGGAGCGUCACGUUGGCUUUCUGCGCAUGCGUGUUUUUGCAGCGCUAACAAAUAAGCUUUGUGAAAGUUGAAGGUGGAGUCCGUCGUUUUGCGAGCCAUCCUCCCAUGCAGUGCGCAUCACACAAGCGCUCUCUCUCAUUGGUUUGCUUCAUUGCGUUGUUCAAAUUGUCAUCUUGUUUCUCCACCAAGCCGUUGCCAACUUUGAGCUUGUUGAGCGUGCAAAUUCGGGUUAGGCAUAUAGACUUGAUCAGCUUUGAUUCACCAUUGACACCUGCGGCGGCUGUUUUGAGCAGCUGAAGGCCGCUGAAUUGAAGCUGCAUGUGCGUCUCCGCGGGCGGGCGGGCUGGCUGGCUGGAGAGGACUUUUGGCGAAAAAUGGACGUACACUUCGUCGAGGCCACGCGUGGACGUCGGGUUACUCGAGGGUGAUGCUAAGCUGAGGCGCACACGCUGCCAACAUGCCGACGGACAUGGCGCUGCCCCUCAUCCUGUCCCAGGAGGACCGGAGCAGUCCCCGAGACCAGAGCCCCGCCUCCAGAAAGAAGCGGGUGACCUUUGCGGACCACCAAGGCCUGCCCCUCACCAGCGUCAAGGUCUUCUCCCAGUUCAAGGACGCCAUCUAUAUUCCCGCCAGCGUCUUCGUUGCGCCGCCGGCCGACCGGCAUGACGACGACGACGACGAGCUGGUCCUGGACUUCGCCCAGCCGGCGUCCGACUACGUGCUGUUCCGCCAGAGUGUGGACAGGAAGUGUGUGUGCCUGGAGAGGUGCGUGCUGAGGGAGCGGACCCUGGCGGGCACGGUCAAGGUCAAGAACUUGUCCUUUGAGAAACGCGUGCGGCUGCGCGUCACUUUUGACUCGUGGGCGAGCCACUCGGACGUGGAGUGCGCCUACGUCCGGGAUUCGUACCAAAGCGCCUCCGCUGACACCUUCUCCUUCAGCUUGAGCCUGCAGCUGCUGGCGCCCCGGCGCCACGUGGAGUUCGCCAUCUGCUACCGGGUGGCUGGCGCAGAGUACUGGGACAGCAACCACGGGCGCAACUACCGCAUCCUCUGGGCCAAGGAUAAGCAGCGGCGGGACGGCGGGCGCCGCUUUGGCACGGGCUUGGACGCCUUCGGCAGCCUCACCUGUGGACGGGGGAUCCUUCCCGAGUGGCCCAGCUACGCCAGCUACGAGAACGUGGCCCCCUACUACUGAAGCCCGAGUGAGCGAGCGAGCGAGCGAGCGAGCGAGCGGAGGGGCUGAGCCAAGGAACGAACACAGAUGAAGUGCUCAAACGCUGCUUGCACGCGUGUGCUCAUUGAAACGAAACAAGGUCGCAAUGAAUUUCAGAAAGGAUCCUUGAUAAUAAAGGCGAGCUCAUUGAAAUGUG